AUGGCUUACAUUACGCUUACUAAUAUCACAGUGCUUGAUAACCCCACGGCUUUCACGAAUCCUUUUCAAUUCGAGGUCACUUUCGAGUGUGCCCAACAACUCGAGGCCGAUCUCGAGUGGAAAAUCACAUAUGUCGGUAGUGCCGAAGACGAAAGUCGUGACCAAGUGCUUGAGGAAGUGCUUGUGGGUCCCGUACCCGUAGGCACCAACAAGUUUGUGUUUCAAUCGGAUCCACCCAAUCCAGACAUGAUUCCAGAUGAGGACAAAGUGGGCGUUACAGUGGCGCUUGUUACGUGCUCAUACCGAGGUCGUGAGUUCGUACGAGUAGGUUAUUAUGUCAAUAAUGACUAUGCCGACCCGUUCUUGCUGGAGAAUCCGCCCGCCCGUGUGGAUAUCUCAAAGCUGCAACGUAACAUUCUUGCAGACAAGCCACGUGUCACACGCUUCCCUAUUGACUGGUCACCUGCGGGUGCUUGCAACACGAUGGAAGACAAUAAUCAGGCUGUUCCUGCCACGGGCUUUGGUGCUAUGCAGACUACCGUGCCUGGUGCUUCUAUUGCUGGCAACAACCUUGACAUGGACUUUGUGGAUGACGAGGAGCUCGUGAAAGCGGCUGCUCAGCUCGAUCAUAAUUACACUGACAUUGUCAUUGAUGGAAACGCUGCUGAUGGUAUGGAAGAGGAUAUUGACCUAGAGGAAGAGGAUGAUGAAGAUGAUGAAGCGGAUUCUGUUGAAGAAGCGGAGGAGGAAGAUGUUGAUGGUGACAUGGAGAUGGAGGACAUUGAGCAAUAA